CGGUUUUCACCCACCAUGCGUCCCCCUCCCCCGCUCCUCCCCCGCAUCGCCGCCUCCGCCUCCGCCACGCCCCCUCGCCGCCAGCGCACCGUGAGGCCGCCGAUGCCGCCCUCCCCUGCCCUCCUCUCCUCCACCCCACCGCCGGCCGCGUUCGUAGAGACCCCCAAGCCCGAGACCACCCAGCAGCACCCUCCUACCGCCCGCCGCCGCCUAACCCUCGCCGACGAGGAGUGGCACCCGCUCCCCCUCUCUCUCGCCGAGCUCUCCCUCCCGCUCACCCUCCCCACAGGCCAGACCUUCCUCUGGCGCCGCACCUCCCUCUCCCCGCUCCGAUUCACCGCCGCCGUGGGCCCGCACCUCGUCUCCCUCUCCCACCUCCCCGACGACGACCGCCUCGCCUUCCUCCUCCACAACGACGACCCCGCCUCCUCCCCCUCCUCCUCCGUGGCCGCCGCCCGGGCCGCGCUGUGCGACUACCUCAACGCGGCCGUCCCCCUCGCCGACCUCUGGGUCCAGUUCACCGCCGCCGACGCGCGCUUCGCGGAGGUCGCGGCGCGGCUCGGCGGCGGCGGCGCGCGGGUGCUCAGGCAGGACCCGGUCGAGUGCCUGUUCCAGUUCCUCUGCUCCUCCAACAACAACAUCGCGCGGAUCGAGAAGAUGGUCUGGACGCUGGCCGGAUACGGGGAGCGGCUCGGAGAGGUCGGCGGCUUCGUCUUCCACCGGUUCCCCACUGUCGAGCGGCUCGCGCGGGUGUCGGAGCAGGAGCUUCGGGAGGCUGGGUUUGGGUACAGGGCAAAGUAUGUUGUUGGCACUGCUAAAGAAUUGAUGGCCAAGCCUGGUGGAGGCGCAAAAUGGCUUGCCUUGCUGCGUGACAGGGAACUUCUGGAGGUAAUUGAGGGUCUUUGUACCCUGCCAGGUGUUGGUCCAAAAGUUGCAGCCUGCAUUGCUCUGUUCUCUCUUGAUAAGAAUCAGGCUAUUCCUGUUGACACACAUGUCUGGAAGGUUGCUACACAAUAUAUGUUGCCUGAGCUAGCUGGCAAGAGCCUGACUCCAAAACUAAGCAUUGUUGUUGCCGAUGCAUUUGUAGCCAAAUUUGGCGAGUAUGCUGGUUGGGCGCAGAAUGUUCUCUUUAUUGGCCAGCUACCUGCUAAAAAACUUGUGGCCACCGAAGUUACCAGUGAGACCGCGAAACCUACCAAGAGGAAACGUGCGACAAAGAUGGUUGAAAUACAGGCAUGAGAGAGCAUGUAUAGCAACUGUAGCAAGCUUUUGCAGGAAAAUGUUGGAGAAGGUCAGCGCAUGGAUUACCCGAAAUCCUGUUGAAACAAAGUGCUGGGAAAUGUUUUGAGCCACCCAACGCUCUCCUCUGAAAAUGAUGGCAGCUAUCUUCUGGUAGAACUUGUUGGAAGGUUCUUUUUUCUUUCCAAGUAGAGUAAUCAUUAGUACUUGACCAAAGUAACAUUUGACAUUCCAUUCACAUCUUCUGAUGACAGAUAGCAUGAGUAGUUGUCCCCAUCUUAAUUUGGAAGAGGAAGGCUAUCUUAGUGUAUGAUUGGCCUACCGCGUCCUAUAUAAAAGGGAGGUGUAGAGGCUAUUAUUAUAUUGUUAGCCAAAUGGCGGUGAGGAAUUCUGAACACUUGUGUUGUAAAUCAUGUAGUUUCCCUCGAAAACUGAUCUCCAUUCAUGUACUUGAUUCAACAUGGUUUAACACGCUGUAUACGUUCUUAGAUAAUGGGAGAGAUAUCUCUGAAUUUGAUCA